AUACAGGCAGUAGCCGCUAUACACACGACUAACGGUCGUCCGACAUCCCCCCGUACCAACGCUCCAAGUGUCAGAAGUCCAGACUCGGGGCUAUUUUGGAUUGCCCUAUCCCGCCCAAACCUUUCCCCCACGAGGCUCGACAGCCUGUUCCGUCCCAUAGACACUGGGAACCCACGAGGCGCCCCGGGAAGGGCUCUUCGGGCAACGACCGCAGCCUCCUUGGGGUGUACGUUAGCGAAGACGAUCUCUGGUUCGCAGGAAAGGAUGGCUUUCUGCUUAUCUAUGGAGCGCGCGGUUGCGCGGAAGCGGAGGCUUUGCGGAGCAGACGAACCCAACCAGAAGGGGCUGGUUCACACUCCCCUGUCAUCGCGUGGGGUGGCCUUCAACCCGCUAACCUUUGCCAAGCAUCCGGGGCCCAUCCGUACCGUGGAAUUGGGGGACCCUGAAUGCUUCAAAAAAGAUUUUUUUUUUCUUCCCCAUCUUGGGGGCGGCUAUGUCAAGCGUGCCGGCUCUAUUUCCGUUCUCCGAAAGCGACGCUUUUGUCGUCGAAUGCUGGUUAUAAUGGCACACCGGCCAUGGUUGGUGAUGACAGACGUGAAUGCCGUAAUACACAUGACUAUCUGAUCCCGGUGGCACACUUUUGCCAUCUCGAGACUUUGUGUGACCACUUGGCACAUGGUAGUCCAGAUGCCGUUUGUGAAUGAAUUCCCGUCAUGGCACAAUUAUCCAACUUAUCAAUCGAAUUCGUUCAUUAAAGUGUCAUAAGAUCAUCCCAA